AAUCCCGUCACUUCCGGCGGGGCCGGGUGUGGGGUGGGAGCGCGUCCACGCGGGCUCAGCAUGCGGAUCGAGAAGUGUUAUUUCUGUUCGGGGCCCAUCUACCCGGGCCACGGCAUGAUGUUCGUCCGCAACGACUGCAAGGUGUUCAGAUUCUGUAAAUCCAAGUGUCAUAAAAACUUUAAGAAGAAGCGCAACCCUCGCAAGGUGAGGUGGACGAAGGCCUUCCGGAAAGCAGCGGGCAAAGAGCUGACGGUGGACAACUCCUUUGAAUUUGAGAAACGGAGAAAUGAGCCUGUGAAAUACCAGCGGGAGCUGUGGAAUAAGACCGUCGAUGCAAUGAAGAGAGUGGAAGAAAUCAAACAGAAACGCCAGGCUAAGUUUAUCAUGAACAGACUGAAGAAGAAUAAGGAGCUACAGAAAGUUCAGGACAUCAAGGAAGUCAAGCAGAACAUCCACCUUGUCCGGGCCCCGCUUGCAGGCAAAGGGAAGCAACUGGAAGAAAAAAUGGUUCAGCAGUUACAGCAGGACGUGGACAUGGAGGAUGUGUCGUAGCUGCCUCUUCUGGCCAUGCGUGGACGCCGAGGGAUGGUCUGUGGAGACGUGGAACUUGGGAAUCACUGAUUGGUUGCAUGACGUCCCUGGGGGCGUUGCUCUCCACACAGCCUCCGCUGCCGGCGAAGAGCGCAUGUCAGAUGGCGCCUUGGUCCCUGGUCCUCGUCCAUGGUGCAGGGAUGGCCUGGCCUGGGCUCCCAUGGCGCCUGGUUCAAGGCGCUGGACAGCAUCUGUGUCGUGACUAGACACGAGCGUUCAGGACUACUGAUGUCUAAAAGAACAUGUUAUUUGCAGUGAAAUGAUCCUUGUGAAUUCAUGGUAAAGGAGGCGGGGGUGAGGGGGGUGUACAUCCCAGACAUGUAAGUGCCAACCCUGCUAAUCCUGCUGAUGUCAGCGUUUUUCUCUUUGGAGCUGUGGUCUCUUAGCGCUGCACAGUGGCCUAGUCCAUGAGGCCUAAUUGUCCUGCGCUGGGCUGGCUGGCCCGGAGGAUGCUGGCAGGGAAGGUGAACUGUCUGUGCCGGAAAUGGCACUGUGUUGCUUUCUGCUUUGAAGCGGACUCAGUUCUGACAUGUGGUUCCUGGCUUUCCCAGCUGCUUUAGAAAUAGAACAAUCCAGUGCUUUAAAAAAUUUACUAUCUAGUUUUCUCUCUCUUUGAAAACAACAAAAGAAAUUC